AAACCUCGAUUUAUUGGAAACUGCAGUCACAAGACGUGACAUCCGUUUUGGGUGUAUGUGUGAGAGAGUAACAGAUUUCAGAUUAAGCGCAAAACAUACAAAAAAAUUCCCAAAUUAACUUGGAGUCCCAUUUCCCUGUCCAGGCGAAGACGUCCAUUCAAUUCAGUUGUCUAACAUGUUUGCGAGGAGCUCGGUUCAUUGGGCAUUCACCUUGGGGAUGAUUUACACAGUUGUUGGGGAUACCUUAGUGAAUCAACCACCUCGUCUGGAAAGUGAGAAAGGUGAACGCGUAAUAUUUUACUGCAUCGUUCCCCUCGUUCGGGCAACAAAUGCAAUCAGGGUCCAUUGGUGGAAAGACGAUGAUCAUAACUUCUUAGACGCAAAGAAAGAUUCCCGACAAAUAUUCAAAAUUCCGAACAGGGCAAGUGCAACUUUUACGCUCGAGAGGUUGAGAGUGAGUGAUGCGGGAGUCUAUUACUGCAGAGUCCAGGGCGAGAUCACUGGCAAUGGAACAGGUACUACACUUCAGGUCUCUGCUCCACCAUCUGCUCCGAAGAUUUUCUCCAUGGGUUCAUCGGAUUCUCCAAUAUAUGGGUGUACAACAACUGGCUAUUACCCCGAUGACUUAAAAAUGGAGUUCUUUAAAAACGACAUUAAACUAACUGAGUUAAAAGAAGAUAAACAACUGACAGCAGAAGGAGAGUAUAAUUUUUCUAGUACUGUGGAAGAAAAAGAGCCUGUCCCGAUUGGGACCACAUAUUCCUGUACGGUAUCUCACCCCACCCUCAAAAAUUCGCCUAAGGCGGUCAAUUAUACAGUCAUUCCUGAAGAAAAAGGACUUAAUGACUCUUUUGCCUGGUGGAUCUAUGUCUGUGUAGGGGCUGGAGCUCUUCUUCUGCUGCUCCCGAUAGUAAUAUGUGCCUGUAAAUGCAGAAUUCGAGCCAAGAGACGUAAAUCGGAGAUCUGUGUACGUUGCUCUGGAUUGAAAACGGCAAAACCCCAAAGCAAGAAAGAGGAAGCAGGCAGUCAAGUCACCCAGAAGCCAAAAACAAAUGUGAACAAAGGAACAAAAGCUAAGAACAAAGCACCAAGAACCCAGAAGCACCGUACGAGAGAUAAGGAUGCCAUCGUUGAAUGAAUUAAUUAAGAAAACAGUCUUGAUUAACAGAUUAAUUGAACAUUAUUUUCCAUUGUAUUAAAGUACAUGUCAUUAGCAAUUAAAUAUUUUCAAAAU